AGAAACUGUUUUUAAAAUCAGCUUUUAUUCAAAUUUAUUCACUGCUUGAACUGCUUGACGUAAUUAAUAAAAGUUAUCCAGUAUCAGAAUGGAAAUUUUGGAUUUUAUAUUACAAAACCACAUUAUAUUAGAGUAAGUAAUUUUCAGACCGUAAAUAUUGUAGGUACUAGAUUAAGUUUAAAAUGAAAGAAAUAUGGAAGCAUUUUAAAAUUAUUUACACUUCUUAUUAGUUUUACAAAAAUAGGGAAAGAAUAGAAUAAAUAGAUUUAUGAACGGUGUUGAAUAAACUUACCAAAUAAAUGACACAAAAUUAAUUGACGUCAGUUUUAGGUUUGUUUCAGAAAUAAAUGACUUCUCUGGAAUAAAUAAAAAUCAUAACUUAAGACAAGAAUGAAUUAUCCUCGUGUUAAAAAGAAAAGUUGGUUAAUAAUAAAGAGCGACAAAAAUGUUGUUAGUUUAAAAAUGUAUGAGAAUAUAUCGCAGCUGUUAAAAAAACCACGCACCAUUUAAGUAUAAAUACCAACUGAACUAAAAAUUUUAUAGGAAGGGUAGCACCCUGGCUAUAUAAACAACAGCCUACAGGCCAGCUACACGUAUUUUACUAUUAGAACUGCACACACGUCAGUCUGCUACAAUGUUAAAAAGCUUUUUUAAUAGUUUAGAAGAUCCAGACAGACCAUUGUUAGGUCCAAAUUAUUGGAGUCUAAAGAAAAUGGGAUUGCUUUUACACUACGGCAAAUUGGGCAAUAUCUUUUCUAUAUUCAUUCAUAAUUUGGGAAUUUUAUUCGUUUUCACUCAAUAUGUUGAAUUAUAUCUAAUACGCUCCGAUUUGGACUUGAUUUUAACAAAUCUAAAAAUUUCCAUGUUAAGUGUCAUGUGCGCUAUAAAAGCCAAUACAUUUUUACUCUGGUGUGCUAAAUGGAAGGAAGUCAUAAAUUAUGUUACUGAGGCAGAUAAAUAUGAAAGAAAUACAGAUGAUCCUAAUCAUGUACAGAUUGUGGAAAAAUAUACCAAAUAUAGUCGUCGUAUUACUUACAGUUAUUGGAUUCUGGUAAUCACCACCGGUUUCAUUACUGUAUUGACACCUAUAUCACAGUAUGCGUUUUCAUCCACGAUCCGGGAAAGCGUGAGGAAUGGAACUGAGGCAUUCCCGCAUAUAUUCAGCUCCUGGGUCCCGGUUAAUAAAAAUGUUUUUCCUUUUAUAUGGACGACAGUGGCUUGGCACACUCAUUUUUGUAUUUAUGGAGUAACGCUGAUGAUGGCAUUUGACACAAACGUUAUGGUGACACUGGUUUUUAUUGGAGGAAAGUUGGAUUUGCUGCGAGAACGAUGCAAGCUGAUGGUUGGAGUUGAUGGAGUCACAAUGAGCGAUGUUGAUUUAACAGAAAAGCUGCGUGAACUCCACAAAACGCACGUUCUCAUACUGAGAUAUUCAAGAUUAUUUAACUCAUUGCUGUCACCGGUGAUGUUCUUUUAUAUGGUUAUGUGCACAUUGAUGCUUUGUGCGAGUGCCUAUCAACUGACGUCCGCGACAGAUACAACUCAGAAACUGGUAAUGGCAGAAUACUUAACCUUCGGUAUUGCGCAACUUUUCAUAUUUUGUUGGCUCAGUGAUGAUGUACUAACAAAGAGUGAAAAGGUGAUGCUUGGCCCUUAUGAAAGCCAGUGGUGGUUAGCAAAUGUGAAACAAAGGAAAAUCAUUCUGUUGAUGGCCGGUCAACUACGCAUCGUCCCAGUGUUUACUGCGGGACCAUUCACCAAACUCACACUUUCCACAUUUUUAAACAUUUUGAAGGGGUCCUACAGCUACUACACUUUACUAAGAAAGUAGAAGUAUAUCGAAACAUAGUUUUAAUUAAUGCACUUUUGUGAAUGAAACUUUGUAUUUUUUUUAAUAAUAUAGUGGAAAUAAUUUGAAUACUUUGAAAAUAAAACCACAUUACGUCCGAAUACGCGUAAUAAAUAUAAAUAUGAUAUAAGCAUACCUAGGAUAAAUAAUCACUUGUAUUAUAAUAGUGCGUUCAGUACUAGCAUAAAGAUCUUCAAUCAUUUGCCUGCAGAAAUUAAAGUACACAAUUUGCCACUGUUUAAAUUUAAGUUAAAAAGCUGGUUAUUAAAUAAUGUUUUCUAUAAUCUUGAUGAAUAUUAUUCUUGUAAAACUUAAUAUAAUUUAGGCUCUAAAAUGUACUUUUUAAAUUAAGAUAGUUUUAAGUUAUAAAUUUUAUCAUUGCAUGCCCGUUGUGGGCAUACUGUUGUGACUUUGUUAUUAUUGCAAUUCCAACUGCAAAAUUGUACACAGUUUUUUCAAACAAUAAAACUUUAUAAAAAAAAAUAUUAUUAAAAAAUAUGUAAUGAUAUUUUAUUCGAUAAAAUUAUUUGAGGGUACCAGGCUGGGGCCGAAUGGAAUAUUUUAUAUUACUAAUUUUUAGGGUCUCAUCCCCAAAGGAUAAAAACGGAGUCCUAUUGCUGUCACUCUGUCUUCUGUAUGUCUGUCUGUCCGUGUGUCACGGUUCCCUAGAUCGUAAAUGAAAUGAGUUACAGGACUGAAAUUGCAGUAUUUUAUGCAGGAUGCUUGCUUAAAACUGCUUAGCUAAAAAUUCAAUUAAAUUAUUUUUCAUAGGGGGUCCCAUACAUGAAGAGCAGACGAUUUUUUUUCUUUUACUCCAGCAUGUGAUAUAUCAUUAUGUAGAGCUCGUUAAGUAGAAUGUAUAUAUUUUUUUUGUUUUAAUACGAAAC